AAGCACUUCCAGACUGUUUCUCUUUUUAGUCCAAUUUAAAUAUCGAUAAUAAUAUCAGUGCACCAAUAAGCAAUGGAGACAUAAUUCAAACCGUUGUUUUCCGAUAUGAGCGAGAAUUUGUUUCAGUUUCUAGAAAAAUAUAUUAGAGUAUAAAAGACACUGCUUUGAGUGACACGUGUCAUCAUCAUUUGUGAUAAUCUUACGUUUUUGCACAUGAAACAAAUAUGAUAUAUAUUACGCUACAACGAAUUGUUUAAGAAAUAUCAUUUGAACGGGUAUAAUUGUGUAUGAUAAAGGCCUAGAAAAAAUCAAUGUUGCUUAUAAUUUAAUGUAUGUAUGUACAUAUAAAAAUGCAGUGUCCGUCGAUAAGUUUUAUAUUUUCUAAAGUGUUUUUGACAUACAUCAUUUAUUCGAUAUAUACAUUAUCUUUAUUGUUUGUUGUUCCUUCAUGUGAAAAAGGGAAGCCAUGUCUGAAGUCCUAUCUAUACAAAAACCCACAAUUGCAGUUAUAUAUUUAUAGUUCCAUAAUGAAGCAUCCAUCAAUAGAGAGAGAAGUUAAUUCUUUAUAUAUGCAGCAAAACUUUGAUUAUACUCAAACACAAAACAUGUGAGCUCCAUCAUACAUGUUUAUUAUAUGUUCUCUUUCCAUAGAUCUUCCCCGUAAAACACAAAAAAAUGGGACAUUAUUUCUACAUGUGAUAUUGGUGCCUAGUUCCCAGAAACAAUUCAAAUCUUUUAAAGAAUUGCAAAAGGAUAUAUUUAUGACAAAUACUAUUAUAGAAUUAACACAAUAUUCAGUACCUGAAGCAAAAGUUUUUAAUUUAUUGGGAGAGCAAGAUGAAACUGUCAGAAAAAAAGAAAAAUAUGUUCAUCCAAUAACGCACAUUAAAAGCAAAGUAACAUUUACAAUAAUGACAGAAGAUAUUGGAUUUCCUAAAGAUAAUGUACCUGUGGAACUUAUAAAUGAUUUAAGGAUAUUAAAUGGUAAUAUAUUUUUACCAAUUAUUAAUUAUGAUUUUUUACAAACUCGACAUCAUGAUCUCUUACAAAUAUCACCACAGAAUAAAACUGUUAAUGUUUCUAUUAUAUAUACUCCAAUAACUCUUGGAAAAUUAAGAUUAAUGUUACAUGUUGAAGAUUCUAUGCAGAGUUUGAAAAACCUUGGAUUUUCAGACAAAGAUAUAGAUGAAAUAAAAGGAAUUUUUGCAGACACUAACAUAUACUUAUUAGGAGGUACUUUCUUCAUUGCAGCCAUUCAUAUACUGAUUGACUUCCUUGCUUUCAAAAAUGAUGUAAAUUUUUGGAGAAGGAAGAAUAAUCUUGCUGGACUGAGCAAAUGGUCAGUUGUAUGGAGAGCUUUUAGUCAGAUAGUAAUUUUUUUGUAUUUAUUGGAAGAAAAUUCAUCUUUACUUAUACUUAUCCCAACUGGAAUAGGCACUAUUAUAGAGUUAUGGAAAUUGAAAAAAAUAUUAAGAAUAGAAGUAAUUAGUUAUGGUGGAAUUUUUCCAAGAAUCCGGUUUAAUGAAGAAAAUAUCAAUGUUGUUGAGAAGAAAACAAGAGAAUUUGAUAGUGAAAGUAUGCGGUAUCUAAGCUAUUUAUUAUAUCCACUUGUUAUUGGUGCUGCACUUUAUUCAUUAAUUUAUCAACAUCACAAAAGUUGGUACUCCUGGACCAUAAAUUCUCUAGUGAAUGGUGUCUAUGCAUUUGGAUUUUUAUUUAUGCUUCCACAACUUUUCAUUAAUUAUAAAUUAAAAUCUGUAGCUCAUUUGCCAUGGAGAGCUUUCAUGUAUAAAGCAUUUAAUACUUUCAUUGAUGAUAUAUUUGCUUUUAUUAUUACAAUGCCAACAGCUCAUAGAAUAGCAUGCUUCAGAGAUGAUGCUGUUUUUCUUAUUUAUCUCUAUCAGAGAUGGUUGUAUGCUGUUGAUAAAUCGCGUAUAGAUACUGAUUCUAUAACAGAGGAACCUAUACAUUUCAAAAAUACAAUGAAAAAAAUACAGUAAAAAACAAUUAUUAUAUUUUCUCUAUCAAUAUUAUUUAAAAAUA